AUGUCGUCCUCACUCAAGACGUACGUCUCGGACAACUUGCUCUCCCUACUCGGUGCCUCGGACUCGGUCACGGUCGACUACUUCAUCACCCUAGGUCAGUCCCACCCCACCCACCUCCUACUUGCUGCCCUCCUCACUCACCUUGCCUUACGAACCCCAACACUGACCUCCCUUCAUCCCUUUCUCCCCCCCCCCCCCAGCCACCUCGCUCAAACAGCCCUCCCCAAGCUCCGUUCAUUCCCUACUCCUCACCAACGGUCUCCCCGCAAGUCCCGCGACCCAAACCUUCGCCCAAGGUCUCGCGGAGAGGUUGCCCAAAUCAUCCUCUUCCUCGACCCCUCUGACGAACCCCAAGCAAACGCAAGAAUUGUUGAGGAGGAAAACGGAAAAGGAAAAAAGAGGGAUGCAGAAUCAAAAAUUUACGUUGAUGUUGGACGAUGAAGAACCACCACAGGGAACGUCUUUGGCUUUGUCGAGUAAGAGUAAGAAGGAGAAGGGUAAAGCCAAGGAAGGUUCCUCGUCCAAGAAAGCUUCGUCGUCCGCUUUGAGGAAACGGGAUUCAGCUCAAGAUGGGUGGGAAUCGGAUGAGGAAGAGAGGGCCGCCAAGAGGAGCAAGGAGGAAGAACGUUACAAGAGGGACGACGAGGCGCAGGCCAGGAGGCACGCCAAGCGACGUCCGGAUGGGAUCAACGAAUUCGUUCAACCCGAUGCCGAUCAAACCGAGGAGGAAGAAGUACCAGUCGAAGAGACCGAGGAAGAAGCGGCCGAGCGAAGAGAACGUGAACGAUUGGCCGAUCUGAAAGAGAGGGACGAGUUCGCCCAACGCAUGAAGGACAAGGACAAAGACCGUACCAAGAAACUGAUCGAGGAUCGAGCCGACCCCGAAGCCGCCGCCCGCAGGGCCCUCGCAGGUGAUCCGGACGCACUCCAAAAGGCGAUGCCUUCGUUGAGGGAUCGCGCAAGGCAGAGUUAUUUGGGCAAGAGGGAACAACAACAGUUGGAUCUGUUGCGCAUCGAAAUCGCGGAUGAUGAGAGGGAUUUCAGAGGGGUCAAGUUGACCAAACGGGAGAGGCAAGAGUUGGAUCGCAAGAAGGAACUGUUGAGGUUGGCCGAGGAACGACUUGCCAUCGACGAGGGCUUGGACGGGUACCAGAUGCCGGACGACUACUUUACCGCGCAGGGCAAGAUCGACUCCAAGAAGAAGCGUGACCUGUUGAGCUCGAGGUACACCGACGUCAAGCCCAAGUCCCGAGGCGUCAAGGACCAAGAGUUCGUCACCGAUCUCGAACAGUACGAGAUGGAGCAAACGGCCAAGGCGCAACUCACGACGGGGGCAUUGGAUCGACAAGUCGUCGAGGACGAGUACGAUUUUGUCUUUGACGAAUCCGUCAAGAUCGCUUUUGCGCUCGAUGCCGAAGGUGGGAUAGCAGGUUCGAUGCCGACUUCCUCCAAGGACGCGGCCUUGCAGGCGCAGAUCGACGAAGCGGAACGUAAAGCCAAGUCGUUGGACGAGGUGCGCAAGUCGUUGCCCGUUUACGAAUGGCGAGAACAGUUCCUCGAUGCGGUGAGGGAGUAUCAGGUCGUCAUCAUCGAGGGCGAGACAGGAUCGGGCAAGACGACGCAGUUGCCUCAGUACCUGUUCGAGUCCGGUUUUUGCAAAGACGGGUUCAAGAUUGGCUGCACGCAACCUCGUCGUGUCGCAGCCAUGUCCGUCGCCGCUCGCGUCGCCGAAGAAGUCGGCUGUCGAUUGGGUAAUGAGGUCGGGUACUCGAUCCGCUUCGAGGAUUGCACGAGCGACAAGACGCGGAUCAAGUACAUGACCGACGGGAUGUUGUUGCGCGAAUUCUUAACCGAACCCGACCUAGGUGGAUACAGCGUCAUGAUCAUCGACGAGGCGCACGAACGCACGCUCUCCACGGAUAUCCUACUCGGUCUCGUGAAGGAUAUCGCUCGCUUUCGCCCCGACUUCCGUCUGCUCAUCUCGUCAGCGACGUUGAACGCGACCAAGUUCUCGGAAUACUUUGACGAUGCCCCCAUUUUCCGUAUCCCCGGUCGAAGGUACCCCGUCGAUAUCCUCUACACGCCUCAACCCGAAGCCAACUACCUCCACGCGGCGGUGACGACCGUCUUCCAGAUCCACACCUCCCAACCCAAAGGCGACAUCCUCGUCUUCCUCACGGGUCAAGACGAGAUUGAGGCGAUGCAAGAGAACCUCGAAGAGACCGCUCGAGCCUUGGGGAACAAAGUCGCCGAAUUGAUGAUCUGUCCCAUUUACGCCAAUUUGCCGACGGACAUGCAAGCCAAGAUCUUUGAACCUACCCCCGAAGGAGCGAGAAAAGUCGUAUUGGCGACCAACAUUGCCGAAACCUCGAUCACGAUCGAUGGAGUCGUCUACGUCAUUGACCCCGGUUUCGUCAAGCAAAACUCGUACAACCCUCGAUCGGGGAUGGAAUCCCUCGUCGUGACGCCCUGUUCUCGAGCCGCGGCGGGUCAACGAGCAGGUCGUGCCGGGCGCGUGGGACCGGGUAAAUGUUUCCGUUUGUACACCAAGCAUGCGUACAUGCAUGAAUUGGAACAGGACACGGUCCCCGAGAUCCAAAGGACCAACUUGGGUACCGUGGUGUUGAUGCUCAAAUCCCUGGGUAUCAACGAUCUCAUCGGCUUCGAUUUCCUUGAUCCCCCACCCGGGGAUACGCUCAUUCGAGCCUUGGACAACCUUUAUGCGCUCGGAGCCUUCAACGACAAAGGCGAAUUGACCAAGCUGGGUCGUCGCAUGGCCGAAUUCCCCAUGGACCCGGCCAUGUCCAAAUCGAUCCUCGCGAGUGAGAAAUACAACUGCACGGAAGAGGUGCUCACCAUCGUUUCGAUGCUUUCCGAAUCCGGAUCGUUGUUCUAUCGUCCGAAGCAGAAAAAGUUGGAGGCGGAUACGGCACGACAGAAUUUCGUCAAACCGGGUGGCGAUCAUUUCACGCUCUUGAACGUGUGGGAACAAUGGCAAGAAUCGGGGUUUUCGAUCUCGUGGACGUACGAACAUUUCAUUCAGAUCAAAUCGCUUACGCGCGUUAGGGAUAUCAGGGAUCAACUCGUCGGCCUCUGCGAACGCGUCGAGAUCUUCGUCGACGCCAAUCCGAACCGAACCGAUAUCGUCCCCAUUCAAAAAGCGAUCUGCGCGGGUUACUUUCAAAACUCGGGUCGACUCAAUCGAUCCGGCGACGCUUAUCGAACGAUCAAGUCCAAUCAGACGGUCAACAUUCAUCCUAGUUCGAGUUUGUUCCAACAUCAACCGCCGCCCAAGGUCGUGGUUUGGUUCGAGUUGGUGUUGACGAGUCGCGAGUACGCGAGGCAGGUGAUGGAGAUUAAGAGCGAGUGGUUGUUGGAAGGUGCGUGGUCUUGUUCUUGAACUUGGGAUCACUACCGACUCUUUUCGACCGGAAGCUGAUCAAAUGAUCUUCUGAUGUCCAUUCAUCCAGUUGCACCGCACUAUUUUAAAGCCCAAGACUUGGAAGCGCUUGGCGGGCAAAAGAAGGGACACGUCAAGCAGGUCGGCGCGAGUGCUUUGACUGCGAAAAAGUAA